UCCUUUGAAAUAUACUGCAGUCUCAGCCCAGUCGAACGCGAUGACGUAGUGACGUUCAGCUUGCCCCUGCCCAUUAGCCCAGGAAACCCUGUAUAGAGCUGCCAACGCCCGCUGGUGAGACGGGGAGAGAGUGAGGUCUGCAACCAACCAGCAGUGGAGACUGACAACAAAAGAUUGCCGCCAUGCAGACUAUUAAGUGUGUGGUCGUUGGGGAUGGUGCCGUUGGUAAAACAUGUCUCUUAAUUUCAUACACAACAAACAAGUUCCCUUCAGAAUAUGUACCAACGGUAUUUGACAACUAUGCUGUCACAGUUAUGAUCGGUGGAGAACCUUACACCCUAGGACUAUUUGACACAGCAGGACAGGAAGAUUACGAUAGAUUACGACCACUUAGCUAUCCACAGACAGAUGUCUUCCUCGUCUGCUUCUCCGUGGUUUCUCCAUCUUCAUUUGAAAAUGUGAAAGAAAAGUGGGUACCUGAAAUCACUCAUCAUUGUCCCAAGACUCCAUUCUUGCUCGUCGGGACACAGAUUGACUUAAGAGAUGACCCCUCCACAGUCGAGAAACUUGCAAAAAAUAAACAGAAGCCAAUCACUCCAGAGACAGCUGAGAAGCUGGCCCGAGACUUGAAGGCAGUGAAAUACGUGGAGUGUUCUGCACUGACACAGAAAGGCCUAAAGAAUGUAUUUGAUGAAGCGAUAUUGGCCGCACUGGAGCCUCCGGAGCCCAAGAAGAAACGCAAGUGUGUGCUGCUAUGAAAAACCCUUCAGCGGCUCCCAUCCCCCUAUCCUCCUCCAAAGCUAGUGUCAGCGUCAAACUAAAAAUAAAAACGACAAAAAAAGCAAAAAAAAGUUUAAAUCAAACUAAAGAUUAAAUAUAAACUUUUUAAUUGUUUUUUUUCCCCCCCUUGCAAUGAUGACAAAGGCCCUGCAAUUCAUCGCCACUCGAAGCAAGUGGUCAUGUUUGAAAUACACGCCCAGCCACCCGAACUUCCUUUAAAGAUUAGUUGUGUGUGUAUACAGGAGAGAAAAAGUAAAUGCUGAUCAUUGCUGUUUUUUUUUUUUUUUUUUGGUCUUUAUUUUAUGUAUUUACGGUUUCUAAUGUCUUAUAUUAAGAGCAAGGCAUGCUUUAUAGGUAA